AUGGCCUCCUCAGGAAUCUACAAGCUGGAUGAUGGGAAGCCUUACCUGAAUAACUGCUUUCCAGCCAAAAAUCUGCUUCGGAAGCCAGAGGAAGGCAGAGGACACUGGUUAGUGGCUCGGAAGUGUAACUUCAAGAAGAAGCCCAAGAGUGUAGCUGAGGCACCAGAAGAGCCUCAAAAGAGCCAGAUCCCUUCUGAGGUCAGAGGGAAGAAAAAGUCUCAAUGGAAAAACCAAGUGGACAUUCCUGGACACGUGCUGGACCAGGAUUUUCUGCUGAAGCACCACUGUGUGAGGGAGCCGUCAGAACUGUGCACCAUUAACGCUAAGGAAAAGGACUUCAAGCAUUUUAAUUCCGUGAUUUACAUCAAUGCCUCAGAAAACCUGCUGCCUCUAGAGGCGUUUCACACAUUUCCAGCCUUAAGGGAACUGGAACUAGCAUUUAACUGCAUCAAAACAGUCUGCGUGAAACAUGAAGACUUUAAUUUCUUGGAAUUCCUGGACCUUUCCUUCAACAACCUGAUUCCAGAGGCCAUCUGUGAUCUAGGGAUUCUGCCACACCUCCGUGUCCUGCUCCUCACAGGCAAUGGGCUCACGUCCCUGCCACCAAAUUUGGCUGUCACAGAGCAGGAGGCAUCUGUAACAUCAAGCAAGAGGUACAUCCUGAGGUUCCCAGCACUGGAGACACUGAUGCUGGAUGACAACAAACUCUCCAACCCCAAUUGCUUUGCCAGCCUGGCCGGGCUCAGGAGACUGAAGAAGUUAAGCCUGGACCAAAACAGGAUUUCCCGGAUCCCGUACCUACAGCAGGUUCAGCUCCGUGAUGGGUCAGGGGAUUGGGUUGGAAACAGAGGGAGUCCGCGGAGAGGGCACCAAUCCAUGCUGCAGCCCAAGUCAUGGAUGUUUGAGGCCUCAGAUGAGCAACCGGAUUAUACCAUCCUGCCCAUGAAGAAGGAUGAUGACCGCACAGAGGUUGUGUUCUCACCUUACCCUGGAUUUUCAACCUCAGAGACAACCAAGGUAUGUGCACUUCCUCCCAUAUUCGAGGUUCUUCCCGUGAAGUUACUGAAGGCCAGGAACCAGACGCUGGCCCCACCCUUCCCAGAGCUGAGGUGCCUUAGCCUGGCCUACAACAAGAUUGUGAAGGAAGAUGCCAUCCUGCCAGUAGCUCUCUUCCCAUCUCUCUGUGAGCUCGUCUUUCAUAACAACCCUCUGGUGACCCACAGACGAGGGGUCCCUCCACUGCUAAAAAGUUUCCUCCAGGAGCGGCUGGGGGUCCACUUAAUUCGAAGGAAGAUAGUGAAGGCUAAACAUCAUAUUUUGAUACCUCGAAAGGCCUCACGGAAGGUGAAAACCCAAGUGCCAAAGGUGCCAAAGCAGCCUCUGAUGUUCCCUCAUCUACCUGAGAUCACAGUGGAGCCUCCCUCAGAGGAGGUGGUGGAGUCACAGCAGUCUGAAGUGCUGCCAUCUACUCUGAAGACAGCGAAGCCCAUUGAGGGCCUGAAGGGCAUUUCCACGUGCCGCCGGCCCUUCGUGCCACUUCCUCCCAUCUGCUCUGACUCUACUGUGCAUACUGAAGAGACCACCUCUCACCCGAGCGACACUGCUGGCCAAGUCAGCCCAGAUCACCUAUCAGAUGAGGACACCAAGAGCACAGAGUCCAUCUUCUUGACGCAGGUGAGUGGGAUGUCUUACUCCAACCUCGAGAGGGAUGACUCAGAGGUGGAAAAAGACCAAAGACCAGCACCCAGAGAGGUGAAGAAGACUAGGAGGAAGCUUCAAUCUGCCUCACUAUCCAGCAAGUACCAUGGCUAUAAGGAGUUGCUGACAGCCAAGACUGAUCCAGCCUUCAUUGAGCCAAAGGGAAUCCAGAAGAAUGCAAAGGCCCUGCAGCACAUGCUGAAGCACCCACUCCUAUACUCCUCCUCCAGGCCCAAGCUGGACACUCUUCAGAAACCCUAUGUUCCCAAGGAAAAACGGGCCCAGAGGAUCCCUGUCCCACCCCCACGAAAGACUCGAGCCCAGCUGCUGGAUGACGUCCUCAUUCGCAUGCGGGACUCCUGGAACAUUACAGAGGCUCCACUAGGAGCUGUCUUGCGCCAGAGGACAGAGCAGCGGCUAGUGAACCAGAAGCAGUACCUGGAGGCCAAGCGGCUGCUGAAGGAAUUUCAGGCACGCUACCGGGAGCUGGUGCGUUGCUCCCUGCAGACGGUGUUUAGGGCCGCAGUGCCACCCUCAGCCCAGCCGGCCCUGAGCGAGGGCCAGCCUAAAUUCGGCCGCUUCCUCCAGUUCGUGGAUGAGUUCUGCCCAGAACCCACAGCCAGUGACUCAAAAGGCUAGAGCUGCAUACAGGGCCAUGUGCGCCACCGGGCCUGCACCCCACGCCCUCCCUGAGGGCUCCACACCCUCCAUGGAGCUGGAGCCUUAGGACUGGCUCUGGGGGGCUUCAGCCUCAGAGCUCAGCUCAGCCUUUCCGGCUGGCUGCAGAGUGGGGAGCUCAUCAGGACCUCCCGUCCCAGGCCCGGCAGGAUCCGGCGCCUGGCCCAGCAGCAAAUAAAGAGUGGGUGCACAGAACAGGGUAGACCACGUUCUUUCUUGGAGCCUGUGCCGGGCUGUCACACUGGGAAAAAAUCCUGGCUUGAUGCAUAUCCCUAGAGUCCAGUGGGAAACCUGCCUGAGUCACAUGCAUCCAACAGAGCUGCGUUGACCACUAGGAUAGAAAAUGGAGUUGAUAGCAUAGUCAAGUAGCACAGAAUCUAAGGCUCAGAGAAGUUAACUCACCCACAGCCAAUAAAGUGUGUGCUUGGGGGGCAUGAGGUGGGGGCAAAAUUGAGGCCAAAAAGCACCAGAAAUGGUGCCUUUUCUGUUGGGCAGUUUUUUCUACUGUGAGGGCAAAUGUGGGGAAGGAAGGGAGGAUUGGGAAUUCCCUUAUCAGAUAGCCAUGGCCACAAAAUUGGGACAAGCUGAGGAGAGGUCUUACAUGGAGUUUCCCAAGGUAUUCUAAUCCAGGACACAAACUGAAAUCCCAUAUGUAAGCAUGAUGGGCUGCAGCUCUAAAACAGACCCUGGGCUCAUGUAAGUAAACUAGUUCUGGCCAAGGCAGCCUAUGGGGUUGUCCCAUUCUUGUGAGUGCCCAGUAGCCAGCACCUGCUACAGAGGAGGAUCUGGAGAAAGCCACUGGGGCUGAAUUCCAGCGAUGUGCAUUUGGGGAUAGAUGCUGGGUAUGAUAGUCACCUGGACCCUUAUUCAUAAUGCUACUCUCCUGGAGGUGCCUACAAUUCAGACCUGGAGAGCAGGCCUGCAGUUCCCAGGGUCCAGGAAGCAGUGGCAUGAGAAUUAAGGAUCCUCGGUAAGACACCAACUUCCACAACCUAAGUUGUCAUUAUGGUGAUUAUAGAAAUAUAGUCUUAUAGCCACAGCUCUGACAGGAGCACAGAGUAUAUGCUGUAUUUCAAAUGUGAGAUUCUAUUAGCACACAGAAUAUUUGCAUCCUGUCAUACUUAACCCAUCUUAUACAUGUGGCCAGUUAAAUAUUUGCCAUACCAGACACAUUCUCAUUCAUAGUCAUAUACACAUGUCAAGUUACAAAGUCAGUCAUAUCUAAUUCACACAGGCAAUACAGCGAAUACAGUGUCACCCACAGCAGCAGUCCUGUGUGGGAACAUGUGCUGACUCACCACCUUGGAUCUUCUGGGGCCCCAAACCACCCUUCCCCUAAUGUCAGGAGGGAGAAUCACCCCAUCAUUCACACUAAACCUUGCUAGGUUCCAGUUCUGGGGAAUUGGACUGCUCCCUUCAGCUGGAAGCAUUAUCAAACCAUAGGCUCUCAGGCCUGAAAGGUGCCUGGGAACAUCCUAUCCCAACCUCAAGGCAGGAAGCUUUUUGUAAACACAACAGAUCAUUUAGCUCCUGCUUACACAUGUAGUGACAGGUAGCUCAUUCCCUCCAAAGGCUUUCCCCUUAGUGGGGAAAGCUAUAGGACAUUUCUAGCCAUUGGGCUAAGCUGUCUGCAUAAGUCCCUCAGUUGUCUAUCUAUGCUUUUUGGCCUAGAGUAUAUGUGUUAUUUCUACCCAGCUAGGUCAACCUUUCACCAAUGUAAAAACAUCCUAAAAAGGCUACACUUAUCCAGACCAAACACUCUUAACAUUCUCAUUUAUUCCACAUAGAUUGCUUCUCACAGACAGCUUGCUAAGUUUGUGGUUUUCCCCCUACUCAUGAUACCUAGAUGCAAUAGUACUCCAGCUGUGUACAAACCUGGCACACAGCAGUACUGCCUGCUCCCUUCUCUGGAUAGUAUAUUUUUAUACAGACAUUUACCUUUUGCUCACUCUUAAAACCAAUGGCAUUGCCACUUUGGCUUUUAUUAAGUCUUUAUCAGCAGACUACUAUUAUUAGAACUGCUUCCCUUUUUUAUACUUGAAAUUGACUUUUGAUAUCUGAUGCAGGAUUUUUUACAUUUCUUUAUCUUCGUCUCAGCCUGGAGUUCCAGGCUGCCAGAAUCAUUCUGCAUUCCUGAUUAUGAGCUUUGCCAUCUUGGAGGCUGUUUACAGAGUGAGUGUAGAGGGCUGGCCCCUUCUCCCUCACAUGUAGCCAGAUCAUGCCAAUGUAGAACUCCCAGGAGGGAAACCACUAGGAGGCUAUGCAGUGACUACUCCUCUAGGAAGAGACCUAGUAAGAACACAUGGGAGCUAAUGUUUCUUAUUCAUCCUUUCAGCCUCAGCUCAAGUAUGUCCUUGAACUUUCCUUUCAAGCUGAACUGGGCUUUCCCUUUUUUUGACCUAGUAUGACCUCAUUGGGCAUCACAUUGCACUGUGCCAAAUGAUACCUCUGGUGCUCAGCUCAGGGCCUGCAUCCAGGAAAUAUUCAAUAAGAUUUAAUUUGUGGGUGAAAUGAGAAAGCUCAGGCAGGCUAUCUUAAUGGGAUUUUACACAGCUAUGGCUAAGACACUCGAAGGCAGAGCUGGGCAUGGUCCUACAGGCGCUGCCUUGGACUUCCCUUAAAAAACCACCAUGUUCAGAGAAAACAGCACUUCAACCUGCCUGCUAUUUUAAGUCCGUGUAUCAGACUACUAACCCCACUCCCAUGUGGUGAAUUGCACCUCCUGAAGCCAUACGAUCGUUUCCCACUUGUGUUCGACCCUUUCCUGUCUCAGGAGUAAUCCAGACUUAGUCACAUUAUCAGGGUUCAAUUGUUAUCCCCAUUUGCUGUCUCCUAGGGCAGCUCAUUUAACCUUACCCAUAGCAGCAAUGGAGUUUUCCGUCUCUGUGUGUCCUUCUGGUGUUAAAAUCACUUUUUUAGGGAGGGUUCUUCACUAAGCAAAUUUCAGUCCCGUGGUUCCCCGUUUUGUGCUUUUGCAGAGACAUCACCUAGUCCUCAGCCCAGUGAAAAAGCCUCAAACUAGAUUUGUCAAGUGAGCCGGCAUUCAAGACUCAGAAGGCCUUUGGGGUGGCGACCACCCUCCCUGCUGUCAGCAGUCACACUCUGAUCUACCAUUAGAUGCUUUACCCUCCUGGGCUGGCUCUCACCCACAGCCCCCUUCUCCAUAAGCAGAUGGGAAACUGGCUGCCACUCUCUUCUGAGCCUUCUCCAAUCAUCUAUUAAGAGCAAAACAAAAGAAAUAGUUUUUCCCACCAAUUCUUCAAAAUUAGGCCCAACUGUUUUCCAAAUUACUUAUCCAAGGUGCCAGUGAGCACCCUGGAGAGUCGACUGUGGCCACGAGGAAGAGAGAACUGAUUUAGAUGCAGACUGUGCCUCACAAUACUUGCCACCUCAGGAUACUUCCCACCCCUGCAGUGGGUGCAGAGGGAAAACUGAUCUCGCUAGCCCUGUGAGGCCCAGUCCAGGAGGAAAGCAAACCUAGAAAGCAACUGGAAGUAUACUGUUAGUCAAGGCCAGUGAAGGAGGGUGGCCCCACUCUGAGGUUCUGAGCCAGGGCAGCAGAAAAACAAUCAGUGGCUUUGGAGUCAGAGGACCCAGCUUCCAGGCUAUGUCAGGGUAUUUCCCAUCAGUGAGGGCCACCUCUUUCACAGCACUGGGCUAUAAGGUAAUUAAUGAGUGUUGUAUGUAGACAGCAUUUUCUGUUACUUUAGGAGCCAAGGGACAAUCAAGUUCUAGUCUCCUAUCUCUAAUAGCUGCAUUGUUUUUUGCAAAUCAUUUUAAUAACCUUCUUUGGAAGAGGUUGGGCCAGACGAUUUCAAAGGUCCCUCAAGUACUGGUUUACCAUGUAUGGCACUGACUCUUAUACCAGUCCUUCAAAUUGGUUUUACAAGUUUAAGUGAAACAGGGAUACAUUUGUUCUCUGUUGGAUAAGAAACUGACACCAAGGGGAUUUUGAUGAGUUCCUGAGCAGUGGUUCCAAAACAGGGUAUUUUUAAAACUCAGAUGUUCUGGCCCUGGCCAGGUGGUUCAGUUAGCUGGAGUGUCAUCCCGUACACCAA